AUGUUCUAUUUGUAUUUGGCACCAUUGUUCUCACCUCAGCAAUAUGUCCUUGCCUGCGUCGAAGACAUCACUUACCAUCUGGUCCGUGUCGCUGGACGUCCGCUUGAUAGGCUUGACUCAAUCAAACCAGUUGGUGCAUCCGUGCCUGCUCCGCCUCUCUCCACUCCUCUCAAAGCGUCUUCAUUAUCUUUGGCCGCUGAUUUUGAACACUCUUUUUCCAGUGGCAGGCAAUCUCGACUGGGAUGUUGGCCAUUGUCAGCUUCCGACUCACUUUUGGCAGCUCCUAUUUCUGGAAUUUCCGUUAGUGUUGGCCACAACAAUGUAGAAUACAUUCCAACCGUAAAGAUCAGCACCAGCAACAAUAUAGCUAUCAGUAACAACUUAGCCAAUCCUGUUCAUAAUUCCUUUGAUCAAUCCAGCCUACCCACUUGCGACAGUACACAAUCUCCUUUACUCAAAACUCGACGUACGACCAAUGAGUCGACACCCGACUCUUUUGUACGCUUGGUUGGUCUUCAUUUGUCUCUAGACGCUGGCAUACAACCCUACGUGCAUCUUGGCCAACCCAUGACUACAGCUCAUAUCGCACAACACACUAAUCGUGUUGCCCCCUGUUCAAAUGGUAAUUUGUUUAAAGAUAUCCCUAGUCUAGAUGUCACUGCUGCAGAGAAGGAAGGAGAAACGUCUAAAAACAGACUAGGAGUUGACGGCUCUUCAACUAAAUGGUCUCCUGGAUCGGAAUAUGAGUCUACUGGAUCUAGUUCUAAACUCCAUCUUAUUGUUUAUUAUCAUGACGCGAUUGGGAUUCUCGACUUCAUUAUCUUAAAAAGUGUAUUCGACAAAUCUCUUCGGCAUAACUGGAAUCCAGGUGAUUAA